UGAAAUUUAUACAUUUUCCGCACUUAUAAAAUAAUUUAUCGAAAUAGACAUACAAGGAUUAUUAAAAUCGUGUUUGGAUGGUAAAACAUUCGAUGCAACGCGUCACCGCGAGCUUCUACGCAUGUGCACAGGAAAACACUGCCCUUCCGAAAGCGCAUCGUCUUGAAGUAAUAAAAAAAAAAUCUGGCAAGUUCCGUCGUCGCAAAAAUCAGCUGAAAAAUGGAAAAACGAUGGAGAAAAAAAAGCGAAGGGGACGAGAUUACGGAAACAACAGAAGAGAUAGAACUGAGUAAUUUUUUGCCGGACACAUUGAAAAGAGGAAACAUCGCUGAGCCCACGUGGAAGGAUACCGUCAAUCAAGUAUUAGCGAGUUGCAUAGUCCAUUGCAUAGUUAUUCAAGCCGGUGUUAACAUGGCUUACAGCACAAUCCUCAUCGGAGGUUUACAGGCCGAGAAUGACGUGAAAAAUUUAACAAAUAAUGCGAGCAACGUGAAUCCGGAUGGGCAGCAAAUAAUAAUCGAUAAAAAUGACGAAUCUUGGAUAGCGAGUCUCGUGACGAUCACAUUACCGAUUGGUUCCCUCAUGGCUGGGCCGUUUAUGGACAAGUUUGGCCGCAAAACAAUGUGCAUUGCUCUUUGCGUACCGACGAUGAUAUCGUGGAUCGUGUUGAUCGUCUCGCGUUCACUGAUGAUGAUCUAUGUGGCGCGGUGCCUCGCCGGUAUGAGCGCUGGAUUAACGAGCGUUGGGCUCGUCUACGUAAUCGAAAUAACUCAUCCCCGGAUACGGGCAAUGCUUCUCUGCUUGAAUUCCGUUUUCGUCUCCCUCGGAAUUCUACUCGCAUGUUUUUUUGCACUUUGGCUCGAAUGGCGCCAAGUUGCGAUGCUCUUUCUCGCCCUCAACUUUAUCAUCUUUUUCGCUCUGUUCGUCGUCCCCGAAAGCCCCUAUUGGCUCCUCUGUUUCGCUCACGGAUCUCAAGAUCCCAAGCGAAUAGCCAGGGCAGAAAAAAGUCUGCGAUGGUUCAAUCCACAAACUUGGAUGUACGAGCAGGAAUACGCCCGAAUAAAAGAAACGUCGCGAAGUAAUGACAUCGGCGAGGAGGAAUCGAGUGGAUGGGGUAAAUUUUUUCUCACGCGUUUCAAGUACUACUCGAGAGAGAUGGCGAAACCGACAAUUUACAAGCCGAUGAUGAUGCUUUUCGUUAUCCUGCUUAUGCAACAAUUGUCAGGAGCUUACGUCGUCAUAUUUUACGCGAUUUCGGUAUUCAAAGAGAUCGGUGGUACUUUUGGUGAUAAUUUAGACGAAUACGGAGCGCUGUUACUUCUUGGAAUAAUCCGAUUUAUCAUGAGCAUCUUAACAGCUCAUUUGAGUCGUACGAUCGGGCGACGUACUCUUUGUAUCGCCAGUGGCCUUGGCAUGUCAUUCGCCAUGUUUUUCUCCGCGAUGCUCGUCUACUUGACGUUCGCUCCGAGCGACGCGAGCGCCGACAACUCUGUUACGAGUUUGUUGUCACAACAAAAGUGGUUGUUGCUCGUCGUCGUUUUGUUCUACGUUUGCAUGAGCACGCUGGGCUUCGUUGUGAUUCCUUGGACUCUCAUUGGUGAAUUAUUGCCCAUAUCGUUUCGCGGUAUCGGCGGUGGAAUUAUGAUUUCUUACACUUACGUCGUCAUGUUCGCGGUGGUAAAAAGUUAUCCUCACGCCCUUUACGCAGUCGGACCACAAAACGUAUUUUUUUUCUUCAGUCUCAUGUCUCUACUGGGAACGGGCUAUAUUUACUUAUUCUUGCCGGAAACUCUCGGCAAAAGCCUAAAACAGAUCGAACAUUAUUUCGCAUCGCAAUAAAUCUGAACUAACCUUCCAAGUAAAGUCAAAAUACACCAGUAUAUAAUUCAACGCCGAACGAAUUAUCACUAUACUUUCGUAUUGAACGCCACGGAAUGGCUCAUUCCACGUACUUGAACACAACUAAAACUGGCUUCGUUACGUGAUUUCCCAACUUAUUCACUCAUCUAAACUCUAGUCUCAUCUACGCGUCUUAAAUAAUCAUGUAUUCAACUUUAACUUUAUAUUUUAUAAUAUAUUAGUCACUAUCAAAUAGUGUACAAUAUUUUCUAUUGUAUAUGUGAAUAAAUAUUUUCGUAUGAAAA